AAACACAAUUAGCAAAGCCAGUAAUCUGCGCUAAUUACCGGGCUCCGAGCGCCGGCGGCUGCCGGCAGCACCUGCAGCAUGGGGGACACGGGGGACACGGGGGACACGGGCAUGAGUGGGCACACAGGACCCGCGUCCUCCCGGGGCCCGCCCGGAGCCUCCUUCACCAUCGAGUACCUGCUGUCGGGGCGGGGGAACGGGGCCGCCCCCAGCCCGGAGCCCCCCGGCCGGAGCCCCCCGGGGGCCCCCCGGCCCCCUCCGGAGCCCGGGGACAAACCGGCCCAAUCCUACAUCGCCCUCAUCUCCACCGCCAUCCUCUCGUCCCCGGAGAAGAAGCUGCUGCUCUCCGACAUCUACCAGUGGAUCAUGGACAACUACCCCUACUUCAAGAACAAGGAGAAGAGUUGGCGCAACAGCGUCCGCCACAACCUGUCCCUUAACGAGUGCUUCGUCAAGGCCGGGCGCAGCGACAACGGCAAAGGGCACUUCUGGGCCAUCCACCCCGCCAACCUGGAGGACUUCGCCAAGGGCGAUUACCACCGGCGGCGGGCCCGGCGCCGCGUCCGCAGGGUGAACGUCGGCUACUUCCACCCCUACGCCCUGUACGGCCUCGGCUGCUGCUGCCCCUGCUGCCCCCCGGGCCCCGCCGCCGCCCCGCUGGCGCUGCCCAGGGCCCCCCAGUGGCCCCCAGUGCCGCGCUGGGGCUGGGGGCGGCUCCCGGUGCCCCGGGGACCCCUCCUGUCCCGGGCCCCCUUCCUGUGA